AUGCGAUGCAACAAUAUGAUGCAAUUAAUACCCAUACAAUCAAACAUACAGUGACAGUGAAAAUUGAACGCAGUUUGACAGAAAACAUAUGUUUUUGUGUAUAACAUUCUGAUGACAGAUCAGAAGACAGUUCUUCUUCAAACACGUUUACGCCGUAAAUUUCAUCAUCCAACAAAACAUUGAAAAACUACUUGCAAGUCAAUGAAGUGUGCUCGAACCGCCACAGCACUCAUACGUCAUUCAGUUAGUUGCCGAUGUUCCUUCAGUACAAAAUCCAUACGACCCAUUGACCUGCAAAAACUUCUCCUGACAAUGCCGCGAGAACCAAAACACAUUGCGGAGGCUCAAAAGCAACGUCUUAAAAUCAAACAAAAAUCGCAAAAUUAUGUUCCCGGUACGGUGAACGUUCAAGUGUUAGGAUCGGGUGCGCCUGGUUCUCCGGCCUCUAUCUAUUUGUUCACAGAUCAGUGGAGAUACUUGUUCAACUGUGGCGAAGGCACUCAGCGACUGGCUCACGAACACAAAACCAAGUUGUCACGGCUGGAGCAUAUUUUUAUGACUCGAUCGAGUUGGGAGAGAACCGGUGGUCUACCUGGAUUGAGCCUGACACUUCAAGACACCGGUGUACCAAAUCUAACUCUUCACGGUCCGGAUGGUUUGGGAGACCUAUUUUCUGCGAUGAAACGCUUUGUAAUUCUGAAAGAUUUAAAAGUGGAAGCACCGACGUGUGAGGAUGGUCCGAUUUACGAAGAUCAGGUGUUGACGGUAAAAGGAAUUUCGUUCGAAAAGAAUGUGACUGACACAAGUGCGGACAACGAACAGCAAAACAUUUCGCCAUCGGUUGUGGACGACACAAACUAUUAUUCUCUAGAAAAUGACAACGCCACCGGCGAAGUUUCAAAUUCCUCAUCACCACUUACAGUAGAAUUGGAGAGAAAAUGUCGUUGUGCCUCAACUGUUAUGUCAUUCAUUUGCCGCCUAAAGCCUCGAGCUGGCAGGCUGGACUUGGAGAAAUGCGUUGAUAGAGGAGUCCCACCUGGUCCGCUAUUAGGACAAUUGAAAAAUGGUUGCAGCGUAACGCUACCCAAUGGAACAACCGUGCAUUCGAAAGACGUUUGUUCAGCUGAUGAUCCAGGACCAACUUUCAUAGUUGUUGACAUACCGUCGGCAGAGUUUUUGGAUAGUUUUAAGGAAAAGGAAGAACAGUUCUUGUUGCAUCAAAGUGCAUCAGCUUGCGAAGACCAAAUUGCCAGUUUAGUGAUUCAUUUUUCACCUCAGCACGUCAUAGACGAACCAGUCUACCAGGAUUUUAUGAAAAGGUUUGCCAAGAGCACGAAACAUUUAGUGUUGAACGAGACAAACAGAUUUUCAGGUUACGUGUCGUCUCACCGCAUUCAGAUUCAAUUGAACCAGUUGAACGAGAACGUCUUUCCAAUCCUGGCGGAAUACCGAAUGGAUACCGAAUGCCACAACAAUGCCGUCAGUCACAAAAAAUUCAAAUCCGACGAAUCAAUAGUCACAAACGGCGUUACAGACGCAUCGCCGGAUGUAACAGAACCGCAAUGUGAACCGGCAAUCACAUCAACAUAUUACCAUAUGCGACCGUACACUGGAUUCGAUCGUAGCAAUGAACAGACUGUGUGCCGGGAUGAGUAUAUCAACGAAUCUGCGGCGAUUCCUGGCUUCAUCGAUUCGUUGAAUGAGUUGAAACAACAACUUCGUCAGAGCUAUGCAAACGAGAAGAUUUCGCGGGCCGACGAAUAUCCAAAGAUUUUGUUUCUUGGCACCGGGUCCUGCAUUCCGAAUAAAGUGAGAAAUGUCAGCGCUAUUCUCGUGCACACAACGCCGACGUCAAGCAUCUUGUUGGAUUGCGGCGAGGGAACAUGCGGGCAGAUUAUUCGUUUUUAUGGACCGGAAAAAGCGAGGGAGAUUCUGAGAAAUCUGAAAGCCAUUUAUAUUUCGCAUUUACACGCGGAUCACCACUUAGGUUUGAUUGGAAUAUUGGAAGAACGUCGACGCUUGGAUACAUCACCAAUAAUGCUGCUAGCUCCCAUUCAAAUUUCGUCAUUCCUGGACUUUUAUGACAAAAGGAUUGAUUCGAUACGCAACGAAUACGUCCUGGUCCCGAAUGGUGAUUUGCUCGACCAGCCCUUGAGCGACGAACGUACCGCAGAAAUCGGCCUAAACUAUAUAGAAACCUGUCUCGUACGGCACUGUCCGCAUGCAUUCGGAAUAGCAUUCGAAAUAAACGCUGACGAGCCAUUCAAACUGACGUACAGCGGAGACACAAUCCCUUGCCAGGAACUCGUACGACUCGGCCAAAAUUCCACUUUACUCAUUCACGAGGCAACGAUGGAAGACGAAUUGUUGGAACAGGCUCAGCAUAAAAUGCACAGUACAGUGUCGCAGGCAAUCGAGCAGGGAGUGAAAAUGAGUGCCAAGUACACGUUGCUGACGCACUUCAGUCAGCGGUAUGCAAAGAUACCGAGACUGGAAGGCGACAUGAGCACAAAUGUGGGCGUUGCAUUCGAUAACAUGGAGGUGACCGGGGUGGAUCUGAAAUAUUUGCACGUAAUGUUUCCAACGUUGAAAGUGUUGUUCACCGAGCAUUGCGAAUUUAUGGAAAACAAAGCUAUGAAACGAAUGCGUAAGGAACAAAGGGCCGCAUUGGCUGGUAAAGUUUGAUUGUUACUGUUGAAAGUAUGGAAAGGAGAAUAAAGUUGCUGAAACUUA